CAGGAAGGGAAGAGGAAGGUCAAGCAAACACAGAGCUCAAGACCAUGACCAUGAACUUUCAGGAAAAUGUAACCCUGGCCAUAGCUGUAUUCACCAUCCUUGCCUCCAUCUACUUCUUCAACAAGGCUCAGCAAUGAGAAGACAAACACAGGACACCUAACCCAAGAGCAUUCUGCCCUGGAUCAUGACUCUGGCCUCUGAGACCAAAUAAAUGGACUGAAUCAGC